AUGUACGGACGAGGACAACAUAACAUCAGUAUUCAAUCACAAUGUAGUGAAGAUGAGCAUGAAGAAUCUUCAAGUUCAGAUUCAACAUUAGUCAUGUUAAUGGUGCACAAUCUUGAUCAUAUGAUGCAACCACACGAAUGGGAAAUACUAUUAAAACGAGAAAUUCAUGGUGCUCGCAUUUUAGGUGUUAGUGUCAUUCGUGAACAAUCAUCAUCACGUCCAUGGGGUGAAGGUGAAUUAACGGCAUACAUAUUAACUAGACAUGAUGCUCCACUUAUUCGCCAAUAUUUACAUAAUCGACGUCUUGGUUUUAGACGAUUACACGUCGAUGCAGUAACAAGUAAUAGUGGCAUUGAAGUAUUUCUUGUUCAUAAAAUUCUUCAAUUACUUAAACUUAAUCCUCAAAUGUCUGAUGUAGUAAUUGAACAACGUAUUAAUAGUUUUUUUCGACGUUUUCCAUCAUCGGUACAUCUAUAUGAUUAUGAUCGUACAACUGUUAUGCGUUUAAUUCAUGAAUGUAUGGGUUUACCAGUAUCACCACCUGUUACCAGUGAUGAAAGUGAAAUCGAAGAAGAUUCACCAUCCGUAACACCACUACAAAUACAAUUGCAACCGACGCCGGCUUCACAACAACAACCACAGAAUAUUCCAAUACAAUUAUCACCACAACAAGAAAAAUCUAUUGGUAAUCCACAACUGAUUAUUAUUGAUGAACGUACAAUGCAACUUCAUUUUACUCCAUUUUAUUUUGAUCUUUUGGAAGUUAUGUCUACAGUCAAAAGCAAGAAUGAAUAUGUUCAACAGCCGAAUACUGACCUUCUUUAA